AUGACUGUCCACAACGUCGAGACUGCCUCCCAGUUCAAGGAGAUUCUCGCCAAGAACCCGGUUGUGUUUGUUGAUUGGUUCGCGACGUGGUGCGGCCCUUGCAAGAUGAUCGCUCCUAAGAUAGCAGAGUGGUCAAACGAGUACACCGGCGUUUACUUCGUCAAGAUCGACGUCGAUGCGCUGCCCGAGCUGGCGGCUGAGCACAACGUCAAGGCCAUGCCCACCUUCCACGUCUUCAAGGACGGCAACACCACCGCCGCCGAGGAGUUUGUCAGCGCCGUCCCCCCCAAGGUCCAGGCCCUGAUCGAGAAGCACAACCCGGGCAAGAAGGAGGGCGAGGAGAAGGCCGAGUAA